GGGCGGAUAUGUAAAUGGGCCGUUGUAAACUCUUUCCAAAACACUGUGCAGAGGAGACCGAUGAAGACAGCACCGAAUUCUGAGCUCCCGUCCCCUCUCCCCCGCGUAUGCGCUGCCGCCACCACCGCCGCCAGCGCAGCAUCAGCCCGGAAGUUCCAAAUUAGAACAACUCGCGGUAUUUUUAGCCGUGUUUCCGGAAACCGUCCAGGGUUACAGACCCGCCGUCGCCGCCGCGGCCGCAUCUGUCCGUCCUCUUAAACCGCGCCCCACCGCUCCACGCCCCCGCAGACAACUUCCCGCUCCUCCACUUGAGGCGGCUCGGCGCCAGGGGCUGCCGCUGGGUGCAGAGAAAAACACAGGCGAGCGCCGCGAGGGCAGCCGGCAGCGGCGAGCGGGAGCAGGUGCAGCCACGAGCCAUGGAAAUCAAACCGGAAGCGGGUCAAGAUUCACUGCCGCUUCCGCAGCCCAACAUCUGACGCGCCACGGCGCCCACUUGCGGCGCCACCCGCCGCGUGCCGGCCCUCCGCUCUCGAGAUUCCACCGCUGCGGCCAUUGUUUCAUACUGCAUUUGUUUUUAGAGUUAAGGCGCGCGGGACAGCGAAGGCAACCCAUUUUCAGUGCCUUUUUCAGGAGGUAAUUUUAGGUCCAAAAAAUUCUUAUAUGAACAUGAAAUAUGAAUUUUUUCUAUUACAAAUACCACAUUAUACUAUAUCGCCAGUGGCUUGCCAACCUCUGGCAGAGACGAAAAACGUAUCCCAACUUUGCUUGUUGACUGGCUCACCACUGUCUAGUCUAAAGGGGCUUCAAUUUAAGCAAAUGGCUUGGUAAUGGAAAAUACGCAGAUUGAGUCUUGAAUUUAAUCAAAUUUCAAUGGUAAGAACUUGGCUAGACCAUUUCAGAUUGCUGAUCCACUCUUGUUGUGGGUUGUAUCAUUUAAUAUUCGACGUCUGUUAUAAUCUCAACAACUUGUUUAACAUAUUGAAAUAUCACCUACACUACGGUUUUCCGAGAAUAUCCCAAAUCCGGCGACGACCAACAUGCAAGGUUUCUCUCUACUCUAACUGCCCCCUCCCCCAGCGAAGCACUGCUCCAGUCUGGUUUCCCGACGUGUAGUAGUGUAGAGACUGUAAGUGUACGCGUGUAGAGGGGAAGGAAGGGACAACGAUGAGCAAGAUGGCGCGCGGUCUGAGGCCCGUCUUGUUGAGGAAUUAGCCUGGUAAUGAUGAAUAUAUUAAUUUUUUGGAGCUAAUACUCGAUGAGCUAAAAAUAAAAGUUGAAUAAUUAGUUUCAAUUAAUGUCUAAGUAUCACUAUAUGAACUUUGUCUUCAUUUUCUUAUAGCGAACACCUUUUGUUAAUAUCACUGCACUCCACUACAUAUAGAACAUAG